AAGACUUAGUGAAUUGACUAACAAAUCAAAGCAUUUCUGUGGUGUUUAUAGUUUUCUAUUGAUGCCACCCCAUUAAGAAGACUUAAUGGUUGACUUGACCAAGUAAUGUUCCCAGCUUCUUCAUGGAUAUUUCUUGAGAAGAUGUUCUGUUGGACUUAACUGCUUCUCUAGUUUUUUAUUUUCUUCAACCAUGUUAAAAGUUAAAACUUGUCCUGCUUUCUCCCCCAUUGGUAUCAUGGCUCUAUAUUUCUUAAUUGUCCUGUUUAUCUUUGGAUCCGCUAGAGCUCAAUCAAAUCCACCUAAUACAAUAGAAUUAGGAUUUUCUCUUCAUCCCACUGCACAGCCUACAGCAUGGUACUCAGCUUCAGGUCAUUUCGCGUUUGGCUUUUAUCCACAAGGAAGUGGUUACAAGGUAGGAAUUUGGCUAGUGGGAGGCUCCAAUAAUACUAUUGUGUGGACCGCGUUUCCUGACGAUCUAGAAGUAUCCGCUGAUUCUACCUUGGCGUUCAUUGAUGGAAAGGUAGUUCUGAAAACAAGUAACAGCGACGAUAAGACUGUUGCUGGUUCAUCAGAAUCUGCUUUCUAUGCCAACUUGCUUGAUAACGGUAACUUUGUGGUUUACAAUCAAGAUCAUAAAGCUAUCUAUGAGAGUUUCAAUUCUCCUACUGAUACAAUUUUAGGUGGUCAGAAUUUAACAAGUGGGCGUAAAUUGGUUUCUAGUUUCUCCUCCACAAAUCAUUCCUCAGGGCGAUUUCGCCUCUCGAUGCAGAACGACGGAAACCUUGUUGCAUACCCCAAAAACUUGAAUCAGCCAGUGGAUGCCUAUUGGUCUUCACAAAAUUACUGUACUGGUUGCAGAUAUCACCUGUUUCUUAACAACAGAACUGGCAUCUUAUUGCUGAUCAAUGACACUGAUUCUUCAGUAAUUCGACAAUUGUACACUCCACUUAUGCAGAAGGACAGAGCUAUUUAUCGAGCCACACUAGAUUAUGAUGGGAAUUUUCGACUCUAUUCUCAUGAAUUCGACUCCAAUGGUAAUUCUAAAAUGGUAGUGGAGUGGGAGGCGAUCGAUGAUCUCUGUCUUGUGAAGGGUUUCUGUGGCCUUAACAGUUAUUGCAUUAGAAGUGAUCACAAUGCACCCUCUUGUAUGUGUCUACCAGGGUCAUACUUGAGAGAGAAUGAUCCAACCUUUGGUGAUUGUCAACGGAACUUCACUAGAGGAAAUUGCAUUAAUGGGAAAGAAGAUGCAAGCGUCUAUAAGAUUACUACUACAACCAAUUUGACCUGGGAGGAUCCUCCUUACUUUGUUACAUCAUUUCUAGGAAAAGAAGAUUGCGGCAAAUCUUGUUUGGAGGACUGUGAUUGUGAUGCUUCCCUCUUCGAUGAAAAUGGCCAGUGUAUGAAACACAAGCUGCCUUUGAGGUAUGUCAAAGGUGAUCGUGAAGGAUCUCGCACUGCUUUCUUUAAAGUCAGCAAUCUAGCAGUGCAAAAUCCAACAACGGAUUCAGUGAAGCUACCAUGGGUGGUGAUCUUGGUUUUAUUGAUAAGUUUUGUUAUGUAUUCAGGUACUGCUCUUGCAUUUUCAGGAUUUUAUGUCUUCAAAUUCCGGAUAAUAAAGUACAGGAAGCUAUUGCAGACAGGAACCACAGGCUUAACGAAAGACUUCAUACUCAGAACUUGCUCUUACAGGGAGCUAAAACGGGCAACUAAUGGUUUCAAGGAGGAACUAGGAAAGGGUGCUUUCGGAGCAGUUUACAAAGGGAGCUUUGAUAAAGGUCAAAGCCUUGUGGCAGUGAAGAGGCUAGAGAAAGUAGUCGACGAAGGUGAAAGGGAGUUCAGAGCAGAAAUGAGGGUCAUUGGUAGAACUCGACACAGAAAUUUGGUUCGUUUGCUUGGAUAUUGUGCUGAAGGCUCAAAAAGAGCUCUAGUUUAUGAAUAUAUGAGCAAUGGUUGCCUAGCAAAUCUCUUGUUCCGAGGAGCUACUCGCCCUGAUUGGAACCUCAGAGUGAAUGUUGCACUAGAUGUCGCCAGGGGAAUCCUUUACCUCCAUGAAGAAUGUGAAGCUCCAAUUAUCCACUGUGAUAUAAAACCACAAAACAUCUUACUCGAUGAGUUGUUGACAGCUAAAAUCUCAGACUUCGGGCUGGCCAAGCUACUAAUGCCUGAUCAAACAAGAACAUUCACUGGUGUAAGAGGGACUAGAGGGUAUUUGGCACCAGAAUGGCAAACAAAUGUCCCAAUCUCUGUCAAGGUUGAUGUGUACAGCUAUGGUAUUGUGUUGCUAGAAAUCAUUUGCUGCAGAAGAAAUAUUGAAGUCUAUGUGACUAAUAUAGAAGAAAUCCAGCUGUCUAAAUGGGCAUAUAGUUGCCUUGUAGAUAGUGAACUGGACAAGCUUGUUGGAAGUGAAGAAGUAGACAAGAAGACCUUGGAGGGAAUGAUUUCUGUGGCGAUCUGGUGCAUUCAGGAUGAACCAGCCCUUCGUCCUCCCAUGAAAAAAGUAUUACAGAUGUUACAGGGAAUCAUUGAUAUUCCAGUUCCUCCAUGUCCAAGUCCCAGUAGUUAAUUUCAUGUAAAAUCAGUUGUUGUAACUCGUAAGCAUGAUUGGUUUGGUUUACUUUUGUAUUCUUCAAUAUUAUCUUUUAAUGGAUCCACUUAGCUCGUAAA